AUGGUUUUAACUACAGAGCAAAUAAACCUGAUUGGACAAGUAUUUGAAUCAUAUAUUCUGGCAUAUCACCACACUGACAUCUUGCAGAUUUUAAGGGAAAAAGAUGAUGACGCCCAUUACCCAGUCAUUGUUGAUGCAUUGACACUUUUUGAAACCAACAUGGAAAUUGGUGAAUAUUUUAAUGCCUUCCCUAAUGAAGUGCUUCCUAUUUUUGAUAAUGCAUUGCGUAGAGCAGCUACGACAUGUCAGUCAGCUUCCCAAGCUCAGGAAUUCAUCAUUAAACAGAAUCUUCAUGCCAGAAUAUCAGGUUUACCCGUAUGCCCAGAACUAACUAGAGAACACAUCCCAAAGACUAAAGAUGUAGGGCAUUUCUUAUCAAUCACUGGCACUAUUAUUCGGACCAGCCUAGUGAAAGUCCUGGAAUUUGAGCGGGAUUAUAUGUGCAACAAAUGCAAGCACAUCUUCGUGGUCAAGGCUGACUUUGAACAAUACUAUGCUUUCUGCCGCCCAUCGACCUGCCCUGGGAAAGAAGGCUGCACCUCCUCAAAGUUCACUUGUCUCUCUGGAACAUCCUGUGUUCCCAGUAGAUGCAAAGACUAUCAAGAGAUCAAGAUUCAAGAGCAGGUCCAAAGGCUUUCUGUUGGAAAUAUUCCCCGUUCUAUGAUGGUGGUCCUCGAAGAUGAUUUAGUUGACAGUUGCAAAUCUGGUGAUGACAUUACAGUUUAUGGAGUAGUGAUGCAAAGAUGGAAGCCUUUUCACCAGGAUUCACGCUGUGAUGUAGAGAUUGUUUUGAAGGCCAAUUACAUUCAGGUCAACAAUGAGCAAAUUAUGGGCAUCACAAUUGAUGAGGACGUUCGCAAAGAAUUUAAAGAUUUUUGGGAAAGACAUAAGAAUGACCCUUUAGCAGGGAGGAAUGAAAUUUUAGCAAGCUUGUGUCCUCAGAUUUUUGGAUUAUAUCUUGUGAAAUUGGCUGUAGCUAUGGUGCUUGCAGGAGGGGUACAGAGAACAGAUAGUACCGGCACCCGGGUUAGAGGUGAAUCACAUCUUUUACUGGUUGGAGACCCCGGUACUGGUAAAUCUCAAUUUCUGAAAUAUGCAGCAAAGAUUACUCCACGAUCUGUACUAACAGCAGGAAUUGGAUCUACAAGUGCAGGUUUGACUGUGACUGCUGUGAAAGACUCUGGAGAAUGGAAUUUGGAGGCUGGUGCACUGGUCCUGGCUGAUGGAGGCCUUUGCUGCAUAGAUGAAUUUAACAGCAUCAAGGAACAUGACAGAACAAGCAUCCAUGAGGCCAUGGAGCAGCAAACCAUCAGUGUUGCCAAGGCUGGCUUAGUGUGCAAACUGAAUACAAGGACCACAAUUUUGGCAGCAACCAAUCCAAAGGGCCAAUAUGACACUAAUGAAUCCAUCUCUGUCAACAUAGCCCUUGGAAGCCCUCUUCUUAGCAGGUUUGAUCUUGUCUUGGUAUUGUUGGAUACAAAAAACGAAGAAUGGGAUCAAAUAAUUUCAUCCUUCAUACUGGAAAAUAAAGGCUGCCCUAGCACAUCUGAAAAGCUCUGGUCUAUGGAAAAAAUGAAAACUUACUUCUGCCUUAUCAAGCAUCUCCAGCCGAUACUGACUGAUGAAAGCCACCUGAUCCUUGUCCGCUACUAUCAGAUGCAGCGGCAGAGCGACUGCCGGAACGCAGCCCGAACCACAAUCCGCUUAUUAGAGAGCUUGAUUCGGCUCGCUGAAGCACAUGCUCGAUUGAUGUUCAGGGAAAUUGUAACUGUAGAAGAUGCAGUAACUGUCGUUUCAGUAAUGGAAUCCUCCAUGCAGGGAGGUGCACUUCUUGGUGGUGCUAAUGCCCUCCACACCUCAUUUCCUGAAAAUCCGGUGGAACAAUAUAGAAUGCAGUGUGAACUAAUCUUGAAGAAGCUGGAGUUGCAACACCUUCUGCAGGAGGAAUUAAGAAGGCUUGACAGGUUUUUACAGAAUGGAAAUUUAAGCCCGUCACUGGAGUGCAAAGGAGUAUCUUUAAGCAAUGACACAUUUGGGAAAUUAGAGCAGAAGAUUCAUUCCCAACAUUUACAACAAGAGGAAAAUAAUAUUCAGUUACAACCUUUGUCAGACAAAAUAAGUUCUGAUGCUGAUACGCAUCUGGGAUUCCCAACCAGACAAGUAUCUAAUGAUGUCCAAGUAAGAGAAAAAUUGAAGAGCCUUAAUGAGAGUAACAGUGAUAACACCUUGAACUGGUUUGAUAGUAUAUCAGAAAGUAACAUGGAAACUGAGAAGGUCACUUGUAAUUUCCCAGUUACAGUAACAUCUCAGGACAAUCUGGCUGUGGAAACAAUGAAUAGUAGAUCUUCUAAAAAGACAAAUUGUUUAAGAGAAGCUGAGCAAACCAAGAAGAGGGUAUCAAUGACAAAAAAAGACCAGGGAGAGUCUUGUAUACAGACUAUUUUUCCCCUUGAGAAGAUAAAAAAGCCUAUACAUUCCCCUUCAGGAGCAAUUUAUCAAGGUUCAGAUGCUACACCUAGCACACCUAACUCAGUCAUUACUCAAAGGGCCUCCAAGAACUGGCGGAAGAGAAAUAUUGAAAGCAUCCGGAGAUUUUGUACAAGUACAGCAGAUUCCAAGGCUGAGGAUCAUCUACCUUCAUUAUCUUCUCAUCCUGCAAUUAUCCCAGAUUGUCCUAAAAAAGAUACUGGGGCUUCUCUGUGUCACAAUGUGCCUUCAAGGCAUUUGACACCACCAGCUUUAAAUCGGAAGCGAAAUAGAAACCAAACCAACAAAGUAAGAAGUUGCAAUGAACCCGCCGGGGUCCCUGAGAACUCAGAAGCUGCCCCCGCUAAGUUCGCUAAAUUUUCCUUUCAACGAAAGCCGAAGCUUGCUCUGUCUCCUGAAAAUGGGGAACAUCACAAAUUAGAGACUAUAUACAACCCUGACUUUUUUACCCAAAGUACAUCGAAAGGAGAAAACCUGAGGGAAGAAGAUCCUGAUAAACUUCAGGAAAGCUAUAUUCUUGACACAGGAAAUACAUGCCAGGAGAAACAAGCCUGUAAAAACAAGAAAGAGGAAGACGAGCCAAAGCCAAAUAAAGCCACAGCCAUUUCUUUCAUAAAAAUGUCAGGGGCAAGAACGGAAAAAUUGGAUGGUCAAGAUUCAAGGAAAGUGUGCCUGAGCACUUUAGCAAGGCUAGCAAAGUUUGCUUUCACACCAUCAGACGAAUCUCCAGUUUCCUCGAAUAUCACCACUAAUGAAAAGGUGAGAGAAAAGCAGCCAUUGAAGACUCCGAAUGACUGUGCAGAACCCACCCGGAAGUGCUUUGAAUUAGGAAACACACACAGGAUUCCAGGGAAAUCAUUGUUCUCGGUAACUGAUCUGGAUGAUGCAGUGUUAGACUUCGACUGGGAUGAAGAGAUUCGGAAAAAUGCUAAAACUUAA